UUAUGGCGACUGUCCGCCAAAUGGGUGCUAUAAGGGUUAUGUCACCUGUCGGCUUUGAGAGAUUAGGUUAAGACAUAUGCCCGAAGAAACUGCUUUGUGUAAUGAAAAGAAAAUGUUCCGUGGUGAUAACUAUGAAUUUAAUACCUCUUGAACUGAAAUAUUAUGCAGUUUCGUGUUUCAUUAGCACUGAAAACAGAACUAAAGUUGCUGUGAAUUUUUUAAUAAAUAUGAUGAAAGUGAGAAGUAGUUAAUGUUUAUAAUACAAAAGGGCAAACAGCAUGAGAAUUACACUAACACGUGCUUUGUCAGCACUGUGCCUAUCGACUGUUGUUUUGCUUAUGUGGACUGUAUUGAGGCAAAGUCAUGUAAAACAUUUCACGCAAACAUGCCAUCAUCCUGAGCAAUUCCAAGAAGAACUUCACAAACUUGCAAAUAGAGUUCAUCGUGUCCUAUCUGCAUUAGGCCUCUCACACUUUCUGUGCUAUGGCUCACUGUGGGGCCAGAUCCGAAUCUCACGGUCACUACCAUGGGAAGCAGAUGUUGAAUUCUGCCUUCUUAAUGAAGAAUUAACCAAAUAUGACGAAGUAUUCCUAGUUCGGACAUUUAAGAAACAUAAUCUUCAGCUAACAUACAACUCAGGGGAAGGAAUGUAUGGUGUGAAGGACCCUGCAUUUGGUGGUGCAUCUGUGCAGCUUAUUGUUUUUGAGGAGGAUCCGUUGAUUGGCAUGUUACGUCGUGUGGGAUGGAAGCGUCGAAUGCUGCCGCCAGACUGUGAAGGAAUGACGUCUCUAGAAUGUUUUCCUCCAAGACUUAUUGCACCGCCACUACCAGUAAAAGAGUUCGGAGGUUUCGUGUUCCCCGUUCCAAGAGAAGGAAUCGAGAUACAGAAGUAUCAUUAUCAGGAUAACUGGUGGAAAGAAGUUCUGCCCAAAAACUGUUAGAUGGAUGAAGACAAGCAUGCAGAAAUGGGGUCGUCAUGAAGCGUGAACUUAGUUCGUUUUGUUAUGGCUGCUGCUGUCUUAUGGCAGUGAAAGCAGCAUUACAUCACAUUCACUUUAUGACUGUUGUUGCUACUGAUGUCAUUAUUUUUGUGGGAUACUGGAAUAUGUAGAAAGAUUGAUUGUUUACCUUAAGGUUUCUGGAAACAAUGCACUACACUGCAGUUACACUGAACAAUGCCCAUACACUUAGGUAUUUUUAAUGUACAAGGCAUUUUGUAACUUUGUUUCACACCAGCUGUCAUUACACUGUCAGAUCUUUUUAUUACUAGCACUACCACUUCUGCUACUACCACCACCACCACCACCACCACCACCACCACUACUACUACUAUUACUACCACCACCACUAC